AUGUGCAUUGAUUACCGGAAGCUUAAUGAAGCCACCAAAAAGGAUCACUUCCCUUUGCCUUUCAUUGACCACAUGUUGGAAAGAUUGGCUGGAAAGCAAUAUUUUUGCUUCCUAGACGGAUACAGUGGAUACUUCCAAAUAUAUGUGGAUCCUGAAGAUCAGGAGAAGACAACCUUUACCUGCCCGUUCGGCACUUAUGCGUAUAGAAGAAUGCCGUGUCAGGAGAAGAAUUUAGUCCUAAACUUUGAGAAAUGCCAUUUCAUGGUACCCGAAGGAAUAGUCCUCGGUCAUGUAGUCUCUGAGAGAGGAAUUCAAGUGGAUAAAACCAAGGUGGAUGUAAUCUCUAAACUUCCCUACCCUACGAAUCAGAAGGAGGUUAGAGGGUUCCUGGGUCACGCAAGCUUUUAUAGGAGGUUCAUCAAGGAUUUUGCAAAAAUUGUCCAACCGCUUACGCAUCUCUUGCACAAUGAUGUGGAGUUUGAUUUUGAUGAAGGGUGCAAGAAGGCAUUCCAAAUGUUGAAGGAUAGACUUGUCUCCGCCCCGAUAAUCCGCGCACCAGACUGGAAUUACCCCUUUGAAGUAAUGUGCGAUGCAAGUGAUUUUUACAGUGGGAGUGGUCCUAGGGGGGAUACGGAUAAAGCUAUACCUAAUGCCUUCCCCGAGGAACAACUUUAUUAUAUAUGGAAGUCUGCUAGAUCUAUUGACUGGGAAGCAGUGUUGACAGUAACAGGUCUAGGAACAUCAGACAGGGGGAAGCGCCCGAUGAAUGCAGAGCCAUGGUUCGCUGACCUGGCUAAUUACUUAGUCACUGGAGAACUGCCAGGUUCCCACGAAAUUUCCCAGGCCCAGAAAAUGAAGCUGAAGAGUGAAGCCAAAUACUACUUCUGGGAUGAUCCCUACCUCUGGAGGAUGUGCUCAGACCAGGUUAUCCGACGAUGCAUACCAGAGUGGGAACAUAAAGAUGUCUUAAACCACUGCCAUGCCUUAGCCUGUGGGGGUCAUUUUGGGCCUAGGAAAACUGCCAGGAAGGUUUUGGAUAGUGGUUUUUAUUGGCCGACUCUGAACAAGGACUCUUUUGAGUUUUGUCAAGUCUGUGAAAGAAUCGGGGGAAUUUCUAGAAGAGAUGAGAUGCCGCAGAAUCCGAUAAUAGUUUGUGAAAUUUUCGAUGUUUGGGGCAUGGACUUUAUGGGCCCUUUCCCAUCUUCAUAUGGGAAUACAUACAUCUUGGUUGCAGUAGAUUAUGUAUCCAAAUGGAUAGAAGCAAAGGCUACGCCCACUUGCGAGUCAAAGGAGGUAGCUAAAUUUCUGCCAACCAAUAUUUUCAAUAGGUAUGGGGUGCCCAGAGCCAUCAUCUCGGACCAGGGAACGCACUUUUGUAACCGCACAAUAGAAGCUUUGAUGAGAAAAUAUGGUGUACAUCAUCGGUUAUCUACACCAUAUCAUCCCCAGUCGAAUGGUCAAGCGGAAGUCUCGAACAGAGAAAUCAAAAACAUCUUGGAAAAGAUGGUGAACACCACAAGGAAAGAUUGGAGUAAGCACCUCGACGAUGCUCUCUAG